UCUAGUAGCGCGCGUGAGUGCCGCAUACUGCCUAUAAUGUGUACAACUGUGUAGCCGUAUGCAUGGCCCUUCCGGUAUUUUGGGCGAGAGAGCGGUCGGUCGUGAGCGCAACUGUCUCACAAAAUUAGACGUUUUUGUGGUCAUUUGAGGAAAAUGGCCUCUAAAAAUGAAUUCCUCGGGAAAGCAGAAGACAUAGCUGACCAGGUGUUGAGGCGUAGCAAGCACAUCUUGCCCCAUGUAGCCAGACUGUGUCUCAUAAGCACUUUCCUCGAGGACGGUAUUCGUAUGUGGUUCCAAUGGGGUGAACAACGAGACUACAUAGACCAGACAUGGGGGUGUGGUGCAGUUUUAAGUACCUUAUUUGUAUUGGUUAACCUGGUUGGACAGCUGGUCGGCUGUGUGAUGGUACUGAGCAGACUCAAAGUACCUUAUGCAUGCGGUCUCCUGUUUGCCAUCAUUGCACUGCAGACUGUUGGGUACAGUAUUUUAUGGGACCUGAAGUUCUUGAUGAGAAACUUGGCUUUGGCAGGCGGUAUAAUUCUGCUUCUAGCUGAGUCCCGUACCGAAGGCAAGAGUCUGUUUGCGGGUGUCCCCUCCAUGGGUCAGAACAAGCCCAAGACCUACAUGCAGCUGAGUGGAAGGAUACUUCUGGUGCUCAUGUUUAUGACCCUGUUGCGAUUUGAGAUGUCCUUCAUCCAGAUGGCUCAGAAUCUGAUUGGCUCUGCCCUCAUCAUCCUGGUGGCCAUCGGCUUCAAGACCAAGCUGUGCGCUUUGGUGCUGGUCCUGUGGCUGACGGUCAUCAAUUUCUACUACAAUGCCUGGUGGAACAUCCCCAGCUAUCGCCCCAUGCGCGACUUCCUCAAGUAUGAUUUCUUCCAGACCUUCUCUGUCAUUGGUGGUUUGCUUCUUGUCGUUGCCCUCGGUCCUGGUGGUGUCAGCAUGGAUGAGCACAAAAAGGACUGGUAGUUGGGUAUUCAUGUAUGUUAACGGUUUAGCCCCACCCUCCAUUUGCUGUCCCCUACCUGAAUUCAGUAAUGGUAUCUUCUCAUCAGACAGGGUCAGCUGGUGUACGGUUUGUGAAACACGAACCAGUGCACUUCCUCAAAGGGGUGGUAUGUAAUACAAAAACAGAUGCUUACUUGUAAAUGUAAAUCUAAACUUGAAGAUGGAAAAAAUCUUCUUGUGCAGUCCUCCCAAUUCAUUCUGGUACGGAAUAGUUUUAUUUUUAGAGUAGCAAAUGUGUUGUUGCCAGUAGAAGGGGAAUUAGUUUGACAACCUUUGUGAACAGUCAUCAUUGCCUCGUCAAUACUGUACAUAACGUAUAAGAAAAUUCUCAUAUUGCCAGUAUUACAAGCAGGCUGGCAAACCAACGAUAUGUAUUUAAAAAGUUAAAACCACCAAGUAAGUUUGUGGUUUGAAUUCUUUGGAUGCCAGCCAGAAGUCAGCAAGAUGCUUGCAAUGCUGCUGUUGCAUUCAUGGAAUCAUUGUGAAAAUUUCAAAUUUGGCAGAAGUAUUUUCACCAUUUUUGGAUAGUUUAAUGAGAAUAGGUGCUUUAAAUGUCUCUAAAAUUGUUGGUUUUAAUUCUUGAAAGUACUUUUUCCCUGUGUCGCCUUCCUUCAUGGGCUCGUUGCUUACGGAGUUGGGUUGUAUUAAUAGUUUGCGCUGUAGCUCAACACAAUUGUACCAGUAGUUAGAUUUUAUUGGUAAUUUUCCUUUUUUUUACAUUUUCUUGGAAAAGUUGACAUUUUGCUGUCUACCUUCACACAUCACUAUAUUGCAUGAUGUAACUUGUAACAAGUCAUUCUGAAGUGAAAUGUGCACUAACUAUGCGUUAUUCAUUUUGAAGUUUAUGUGGAACAAUUGCUGUAGUUGACAUGUUUGGUCUCAGUCUUUGGUUGGGAGGAUCCCGUUUUUAACAGUUAACCUUUCUUUACUCUGUGCCUAAAUGUGCUAGCAUUACAAAGAACUAUCCGAAUGUUCAAAAGGGUAAUUAACAAGAAGUAAUUUCUAUUGAACUAUUUGGCAGCAAAUUUGUUCAUAAACUGUGCUGCUGUGUCUAGGUUUGUGUGUAUCGAGUUGAUUCUGGCUACUAGAGGUGCACAUGCUUAGAGAGAUUUAGUUAUUUGCUGUUUUGUUCAUUGCAUAACUUCAACUGUCUUUGGCUCAAAGUUACUUGGAAAAUGAUAAUUUGUCAUGGGAAGUGUUUCUACAAGUCUACUAAAACAUUGAUACAGAUUUGUUUUUUAAUAUUAAAUAUUGAAACUGUGUGUUAAAAACCCAUAAACAAAUAGGCAGUGACAUUUGGUUUUGUGAAUGCUCUUGUCAGGAAAAAACCUGAAAGCUUUUAUAAAGUGAUACAUGACUUGUAUUACCGAGGAAUGAACUUAUGGACGAGUGUGCUGUUCAUCUCUUGAUGCUACAAUUCUUUUGGUCUAUUUCAUUCUAUUUUCUGAAAGGGAAAAUUUGAUAAAGGAAGAAAAAUCCACUGUAAACUAGAGAACUUGGCAAACCUGUAUUUUGAAUGGCAUUGUUACAGAAUUACAAGAAGUUGACAUGUUGUGGAUUAAACUCUCAUUUAAAUAGGAAUCUUUAAAAAAAAUGAGUGGAUCUAUAAAAUAAUUCAUCCUUUCUAAGUUAAAGGUACAAGGGCAAAGUGAUUCUCACACAAACAGGAAAAGCUAGAGUGGCAUUCAGCCAUAUAGUGUGGGUAAAAUACACACUUGUGCAUAUUUCUGUAAUUUGAUUCAAAUAAAUUCUAGGUGUGACUGAUUCGUCAGAUUUGUCAUCUUUAGGGAUCAAAGUAAUCUUUGCAUACUGUAUUAAACACAAUUUCAAGUGGA